UCAUGAUCAAGUGGUUAUGUCCAAACCGUUAAUUCAACCGAUGACUUUGAAAGUUUCAACAUCAACUUUGGAUACAUCUAUUGAGCCGAACAUUAAUUUAAGUGCUCAACAGCAACAUCAAAAUGAUCGUAGUCGAUCAAUUGGCCCUAUUGACUUUAAAAACUGGGUUGAUUUGGAAGACAAUUUGAAUUUAUCGUUAAACGAUUCCGAUGAAACAUUUGAUUCUUUUGGAUUGACAAUUGAACCUGAUUUACGAAUCCAUCAUCCCUUUUUAGCACUUUUUUUAGGAAUCAUUUGUCUACUUAUUAUAUUUGGUAAUAUAUUAAUUAUGGUUGCCAUUAGACGUGAACGUUAUUUACACACAGUUACCAAUUUAUUUGUGGCCUCAUUGGCAGUAGCUGAUUGUCUUGUUGGAGCAAUUGUUAUGCCUUCUUCGGUUGUCCAUGAAGUAAUGAAUAAAUGGUGGAUAUUUGGUCAAGAUUGGUGUGAUCUUUGGCAUUCAUUUGAUGUGCUUGCCAGUACAGCAUCAAUCCUCAAUUUGUGUGUUAUAUCACUAGAUCGAUAUUGGGCCAUAACUGAUCCAAUUAGUUAUCCAGCUCGAAUGACUGCACGAAAGGCCAAAAUAUUGAUUGCUUUAGUUUGGGCUUGUUCAGCUAUAAUAUCAUUUCCAGCGAUUAUCUGGUGGAGAGCCGUUUCAGCACCACCAAGGCCUUUGAGAUGUGAUUUUACCGAAGAUAUUGGAUAUCUUUUAUUCUCGAGUAUAAUUUCAUUCUAUGGUCCAUUAAUUAUAAUGUUGGUCGUUUACUUUAGGAUCUAUCGUGCAGCAAUAAAUCAAACCAAAUCGGUUAAAAGUGGUACAAAAUCAAUUGCAGCGUCAGAUGGAAAUGAGAAUAAUGCUGUUGUAUUGAGGAUACAUCGCGGUGGUGGUGGUGGAAAUAGAUAUAGUGAUUCAAAUAGUGUUCUUGUUAAUUGUGUUUGCCAAAACGAGAGUCAUCAGUCACAUUAUCGUAAUGGUCAUCUUAAAUCUCGUCAGACCGGUGAAGUAUCUUUCGAUGAUUCUUCUGAAAUGACAGAUGAUAGUUCUCUCAAUGUUAAAGUGUCGGCUGGUCCUCAUCGUAAUGUCAAGACUUUUUCAUUAAGUCGUAAACUUGCUAAACUAGCAAAGGAAAAGAAAGCAGCCAAAACACUUGGAAUUGUCAUGGGAGUCUUUAUACUUUGCUGGUUACCCUUUUUCAUCACUAAUCUUGUUAAAGGUUUCUGUGGUGAUGUUUGUUUAAUCAACCCAGAUUUGGUUUAUCCUUUGGUUACAUGGUUAGGUUGGCUGAAUAGUGGGAUGAAUCCAUUUAUUUAUGCAUGUUGGUCAAGAGAUUUUCGAAGAGCUUUUAGAAAAAUAUUAUGCCUGUGUUAUGAACCAGAAUCUUAUAAGACCAAAAUAUCACAGAAAUCAAGUGGAAUCAUUCCAUCCAAUGCCAAUGAUGACAAUACCAAUAUUAAAAGGGUAAACAAUGAUACCAAUAAUAAUGGUGAAAAUAGAGUAGAUUGCAGUUUAUCGAUAAUUAAAAUAAUAAGAUCCAGAAAGUUGAAAUUAACUGAAUGAGCAAUUAAACUGCAAUUUCAAAAGUCU